AUGAAUCCUAAAUAAUUACCAAAGGUUUAUAGAAAUGACUUAGAAAAUAGUUUUAUUCGAAAAUUUGAAAGAUCUUUCUUAAGUCAAAGUCUAAAAUCAAGUCAAACUAGAAGAAUUCAAUUAUAUUUCUAAAAAUAACCAAGAUAUAAAAUAAAUGAGAACUUGAAACAAUUAUCUGAAUGGAAUGAAUAAAAAUAAUAUCAUAAAAAGUAGUUAAUUAUAUAAGAUUAUAUAGACUAAAAUAUUAUUCUAGAGGUAAAAGUUCCGAAAGUUAAAAUGAAGGACAAAAUAAUAAAAAAGUCUCUUAAUUUUUUUUAUUAUUACCUUAUCAUUGUCCUUCUUAACAAAGAAUGAAAUAAUGUAGAUUAAUGUGGAAACGAUUGAUAAUAGGAGUAGAAGUUAUACUGUUUUAUAGUAAACUUUAUAAGGAAUAGUUAAUAUCGAAGACUGCGUCAUGUCCUCAUAUUCCUCCUAGAAGAAGUAGUCAUAAAAGUCUUAAUUAUCCUACAAGUCCUCCAAAAAGGAAAUUUAGAAGUAGAACUUAAGGAGAAGGAAAGAAUCAACUAAAUGGUUUCGGAGAUUAUUUAAAAGCCAUGUAUGAGAGUGAAAAAUAAAAAAAAGAAUUAUGUUCAAAAUCAGUAAUUACAAAAGAAUUUCGUUUUAAUGAUUCAAGAAUAAAGAGAUUAGUAACAUCAAGGAUAUGUGAUCAAACUCUUGAUCUCUCAAGAAAUAGAUGUGUUAGUAUUAAAGAUCCUAAUUAACUUCCUCCUUUGAUUUCAAUUGCACCUUACAAAGUAGAAAAUAUAAGAAUGAAGAGAGUAUCUUCAACUAUGAUAAGAAGAAUUAAAACACUAAGAUUAUAAUGA